AUGACCAGUCGAAAUGACAAAUAUCGGAAUACAGAAUACAAGGAGAAAGUGUGGAAGAAAAUUGCUGACAAUUUGGAGCUUGGAGAGGGUGGAGUAGAAGAAUGCAAAAGAAAGUGGAGCUCUAUUCGAGACCAGCUUCGUAGGACACUACAAAAAAGAAAGACCAAAUCUGGACAGGCAAGUGUUGCAUUCCGGAAGUAUAAAUACGAAGAUAUUCUUUCAUUCCUGGUACCUUUUCUUGGAGAACGAGAAGGAAUCACCAAUGUGUUCUCACAACAAAAUGAGGAGGAAGUAAAUGAGCAGGAGCUUGUUGAAGAAAAAAACCUUGAAGAAAAUACUCAUGAACAACCAACAAGUGAAGAUGAAAACACUAAUAUCGCCAAAACACCAUCAUCAAGUACUGCAUUGGAAGAUAACAAGUUCAUUAAACCAAAACCGAUAAAACGGAAAAUGGCAGGUUUUCAAGAAAGUGGAAAGUCUAUUCACUACGAAUCUCCAUCUAGUCAGCUUAUGGCCUUCAUACUAGCUGAGAAAGCAGCUGAGAAAAGGGCUCCUCAACAACUAGAACAACAUCCAGUAGAUGCUUUUUUAGCUGGUAUAGCACCUUCCUUGAAAUCACUAAAUCCUGAACUGCUAAUUGAAGCCAAAGGGAAAAUAUUUAACAUAGUGCAGGAAAUUGAAUUAAAACAAGUUCAGUUUAAUUGCCAAGGGAAUUUCUCGAUGGGACAUUUCAUGACAUUUUCUUCGUCUUCAUCGACAUCCUCAGCUACACGUGGAUCACCCAUAGAUGAGACAAGUUAA